AUGUUUUACUUUGCCAUUAAACCACUUUCUGUUUAUCUGCAGCUGCCCCCUUUACCAUCAACAAACCACUCUUCGGCUAACGCAAUAUGUGCUCCUUGUAUUUCAAAACUGAGGGAUGCGUCAGCAUUCCGGACACAAGUUUUGCAAAAUGAACUACGAUUUGAAGAAUGUUUUAAGCAAUAUUUGGAGAAUGGCAUUCAACCGAUAGAAACCGAAAUAAAAAUAGAAGAGGUUGACGAUUCCGAAGCCAAACAAGAAGCAAGUACAGACCAACAACCUGCAGCUGUAGCCAGGGAAGACGAAGGAGAAAUAUCAAAAUCCGGCAGCGAAGCAGAUAAACAAAAAUCAAGCAACACCGGAAAGAAAUUCUCAUGUGACUAUUGUCAGAAACAAUUUUCAUAUAACGGCUCUCUAGAAUACCAUAUGAAAAUACACACAGGCGAGAAAACCUGCAUCUGUCACCUAUGUCAAACAAAAUUCAGCACAAAUCAAGAAGUCACCAAACACAUACAAUUAAAACACAAAGAAAAUGACAAGUACCCUUGCAAAUUCUGCACGGAGAUAUUUGAGAAACCUAGAAUGUUGAAGACGCACUUAAAGAGUCACUUCAAACAGAACUUUCCAUGUAACUACUGCCAAAAAGGCUUUACACGUAAAAAAGGUUUGAAGGAACAUUUAAAAACUCAUACGAAAGAGAAGAAAUUCAAAUGCGACAUAUGUUCAAAAGCUUUCGGGCAUAAUCAGACUUUGAAAACACAUAUAUUGACUCAUACGGGUGAGAGGCCAUUUAUAUGUGAUGUUUGUGGCCGGGGUUUCCCACAAAGAAGCCAUUUGAAAAGGCAUAUAAUAGUAAUUCAUGGUAAUUUAAAACCCUAUUCGUGUAGUAUAUGCCAAAAACAAUUUUCAAGUAAAAGUUACUUGUCCAUACACCAACGGCAGCACACAGGGCAGAAACCUUACAUGUGCAAUGUGUGUCAAAAAGAAUUUACUGCUCAGACGACUUUGAAAGUUCACAUGCGCGUGCACACAGGUUUAAAACCUUAUACGUGCAGUUUCUGUAACAGACAAUUCGCGCAAAUGGCGAGUUUCAAACUCCACGAACGAACGCACACUGGUGAGAAACCUUACCCGUGCAAAAUUUGCAAAAAACCUUUCUCCGACAGCGGCUACUUAAGAAUACAUAUGCGUAUACACACAAAUGAGAAACCUUUUUCGUGUGAUGUUUGCAAAAAAACCUUUAGAGAAACCGGGCAAUUGAAGCGUCACGCUCGCGUGCAUACGGGUAUAAAACCAUACACGUGCAAAGUUUGUAAUAAACAGAUCGGUAAUCUGUCGAAACAUAUGCGGGUACAUUCUGAUGAACGGCCGUACGUCUGUCAUGUAUGCCAAAAACAGUUUUCUAUAAUAGGCAACUUAAGAAUACACAUGCGCGUGCACACACACGAGAAACCUUACGCGUGCAAUAUUUGUGACAGUCUGUUUUCACAAAAUAGCGGGCUGAAACGCCAUAGAUGUAUUCAUGAUAAACUUGAUUUGUCAUAAAAGCGCCAAAAACAAGUACAAUUCAUGAUUGUGAGUUUUUAUAGUUCUUUUGAACUUAUUUGUAAUGGACUGUAUAAUUGUGUUCAUGAGUUAGCAAGA